GGUGUUCAGGCGGACUCUGGAGUUGGAUGUGCAGCAAAAGGAGCGGCAUAGAUUUCGUCGGCGCCGAGCAGGGCUGGUUUCUCCCCCAAUUCACACACCCUCGGUUUCCGUACGUCGCCUCCUACUAACCAGCGGAGUUAUUUUCUAUCGGUCGUUCGAUCGUAGAACCUUCUCCACGGCGAAUGACGCACAUUCUACAAUACUUAGCCCACAAAUCUCCACAUUGCUUUUCAUCUAGUGCCUGAAUGAUGUUGGCUGUCAGGUGAUCCGCGAGCAUUUCUGACCUGACCCGCUGACCAUAACAAGUUCGGCUGAUUCAUAUUCGACAUUCUCCUAUUUAACGACGCAGCCAGCAUGUCGCCGACAUGGAUAAACCGAACCGCAAUGCUCGCUCCGCCUUUUUUUAUUGGCAUCGUGACUGGCUUCACGAUGCUCGUGCUGCAGCAGUCAAUGUCUUCAACCCGCGUCACAUUUCUAAACCCUGCUGAGAGCAUGGAAGACCAGCAGCAGACAGAAUCCGUCAACUCGCACCAGAGCCUUAACCGUCAACCGUCAAAUGCCGUCAAGGAAGGUUCAUUCUCGUUUGAAGAGCGGCUUCCAGUUCGUUAUAACACGUCCGUGGGAACUGUGGAAGGGAAGCUGAACGUUCAUUUGAUUGCUCAUUCUCACGACGACCUCGGAUGGGUCAAGACGAUUGACGAAUACUACAUUGACCAAGUACAAUAUAUUAUCGAGACCGUCGUUGAUCAGCUCUCAGACAAUCCUGACCGUAAAUUCAUACAAGUUGAACAGGGAUUCUUCUUCCUAUGGUGGCAGCAGCAGAAAGAGACGAUGAGAGAUAAAGUCAGGAAACUGGUGGCCUCCGGCCAGCUCGAGUUCAUGAACGGCGGGUGGGUGAUGCACGACGAGGCAGUGUGCCACUACACGGACAUGGUGCACCAGAUGUCAAUGGGCCAUCGCUUCAUCCAGGAAAACUUCAACAUCACGCCACGCAUUGCAUGGCAGAUUGAUCCCUUCGGCCACUCCGCCACCCAGGCCAGCCUCAUCACCUCGCAGGCUGGCUUGGAUGGUUUCAUAUUCGGGCGAGCGGACUACCAGGACAUGGAGGCGCGCAAGGCAAGCCAGAAGAUGGAGUUUGUGUGGCGCGCGGGCACAGGAGCGCCGAGGGAAACCGAGGUGUUUGCGGGGAUUCUGUACGACGGGUACUACUCGCCGCAGGAGUUCCGGUACCAGCAGACGGACAGCCCACAGUACCGAUUGAGGGACUGGCCGAACGCGAGGGAUCCCAACGUACGGGAUUUCGUGAACUUCUUUGUUCAGGAAACCACGCGCAGAGCGCAGGCGUUCCGCACGAACCACCUGCUGUUCCCCAUGGGCGAGGACUUCUCGUUCGACGAGGCCAUCAUGUGGUUCAAGAACAUGGACAAGCUCAUCCACUACGUCAACCUGGAUGGCCGAGUGAACGCCCUCUACUCCACACCUUCCUUCCAUCUGGACGCCCUUCACAAGGAGAAGAAGACGUGGCCUCUCAAGACUGGUGACAUGUUCCCCUAUGCUGACGCCCCUCACAGUGUCUGGACGGGGUACUUUGCCAGCCGGGCCAACUUCAAGCGCUAUGCCCGCGUGUGCAGCUCCCUGCUGCUGGCAACCACUGUUCUCGAGGCUGCUGUGGGCAAGAGGGCUCUGAGGGACUGGGGCCUCAAGAACCACAGGAUGAUCGCUACAGACGAGUUUUUGUUCGACAAUCACCUGGGAAAGAAGCUGAAAUUCGCCAGUGGGGGGAAAGGGGGAGAUAUUGGGAGUGCAGGAGCCACGGGAGAGGGUGGGAGUGGGGGUGGAGGAGGGGUCGAGAGAGGCACAGGAGGAAGGGGAGGUGCGCAAGAGAAGGGGGAGGUUGACAGUGGUGAGUGGGAGGAGUGGGAGAGUUUGGGGGGGAGUGCGAGGAGGAGGAGGGUGGCGUCGACAUUCCCUCUGGAAGAAGCGGUGGCAGUGGCACAGCAUCACGAUGCCAUCACAGGCACGGCUCAGCAGCACGUGAAUGACGACUACACGCUCAGACUGCACAGAGCGGCUCAGGAGGGCUUCACUAUUGUCACAGCUGCUCUCGUUCAUCUUAUCACCCAAGCAGCCCCCACUCCUCUCCAACCGCGCCCCUCCUCCCCAGCUUCUGCCGCGCUUCCCAAUGACCCCUCUCGAGCCUUCUACACUCCCACUGCCGAGCCCACAGGUGGGCCUUCAGACUUCCCCCCGUUCAAUUCCCAGCCUGGUUCCCCCGUGCCUGACCCUGCUGCUGAAGCACAAGCCGUGCAAUGGACUUCUGAGGACCCUUUUCAGCCUCACUCGUUUACUGUUGACCAGCCAAACCUCCCAUUGGCCAAUCCUCUAGACCCGUCAAUGCCAGGGAAUGAGCUGUCCGACCCGCUCUUCUCUCAAAUCGACCCAGCGUUGACUCAGGUUGACCCAGCGUUGACUGGGGGGGAGCAGCAGCAGAUGGCAGAUGGCACGGCAUUCUUCCCGUACAACCGUCAGGUGCCUCCUGUGGAAGAGAUUGUCCAGCCAGAACAGACAACACAGCAAGUUCCAGAUCAGAACCCACAGGAGCAGCCGCCUUCGGAAGAGGCUGCUUCUCUUGGGUUUGCUGCUGCUGCUGCUGCUGCUGCUUCUGCAGCACAGCAGACCUUUCCUCCCAGGGAUGGCACGGUUGGUCUUCCAGGAAGGAGGGGACAGGAGAUGCUGCUGAGUGCACGGGACGGCAUCACAGGGGCAGAGAACAGUGGAGUGGUGGGCGGGAGUGGAGGGGCAGGUGGGGAAGGGGAAGUGCGGGGAGAGGGGAUUGGUUCAGGUAGCAGCAGCAGGGGGAGGCGGCUUCUGAGGGAGGGAGGAGUUGUGAGAGGUGUGCGUGACGGGAGGGAGGAUAGUGCACGAGAGAGUGCAGAGGGUGGUGAUCGAAGAAGAGCGGCAGAGGGAGGGAUGCCUGUGCUGGACUUUCAGAUGUGCCCACUCCUCAACCUCUCCUACUGCCCCCCAUCUCAAACCAACCUUGGCCAAGAUCAAGUCCUGGUGGUGACUGUGUUCAACCCACUAGGAUGGCCGCGCGCAGAAGUUGUUCGUUUUCCGGUCUCCUCAUCACCAGUCCUUGUGACAGACUCUACGAACUCCCCCAUCCCCGCUCAAAUCGUCAUCGAGACCCUCGUACCUCUCAACACGCGUGCCACGUACAUUGCCGCGUACACUGGCGAGCUGCCCCAGGAGGCCCAGCAGCAGCAGCAGCCGCAGAAGGGCUUGUUGUCCGUUGUGUUUCACGCCGAGGUGCCUCCUCUUGGAUAUGCCACCUUCUUCCUCACUGCAGUGCCUCCAGGCACGCAAGGUGCAGCAAUCAUCAGCACAGCAAAGUUUGCAACAGUCCCAGCCCACCAGAACGGCCCUGCUGGAACCCCAAGCGGCAACGAGGCUGCCGAUUCUCUCCCUGAAACCAUUGUUCUAGGGGGCUUCAAAGCUGCCCCGUCUCCUGCUGGCGGCGGCGGCGGUGCUAGUGGCGGUACUGGUGGUGGUGAGGCUAAGGCGAAUACUGCGGGCGAGGAUGGAGACGCUGCACUGCGAGUGACAUUCUCCAAGUCAGCGUAUGGCAUGACGCACAUGGAGCUCGUUCGGCCGGCUGAAGGGGGGCAGGAGAUCGCGGAAGUGGCGAAGCCAGUGAGAUCAGACGUACUGGAUUAUGUCACAGCCAAGGGUGGAGCCUACAUCUUUGAUCCCUCUGGUGCAGCAACCAGCCCUACUGACACGAACGGCCAGGUGCCCAUCUAUGUCCAGCGUGGACCGAUCGUGGAAGAGUUCUCUCGACAAAUCGCUCCAUGGGUCUCAGAGACCUUCCGGGUGUACCCUGGGUGUGACUACGCCGAACUGCACUACGCGAUCGGCCCUGUUCCUGAGGGCGCGGGUCACGAGGUGGUGUCUCGCUUUUCAGCCGCCAUCAGCACCAACGAGACCUUCUUUACUGACUCUAACGGCAGGCAGUACCUCAAACGGGUUUUGAACUAUCGCUCUGAUUGGACCCUCGCUCUCACCGACCCCAUCGCAGGCAACUUCUAUCCAGUCAGUCCACGCCAUUUGUCGACUCAAUGCGGUCAUCCCACCUUAGUUGCCGAUUCUGUGACGGUGGGCGCAUUCAUCGGCGAUGGGGCGGCGCAGCUAUCUCUGCUGGUGGACCGAGCAGCCGGUGCUGCCAGCCUGGCGGAUGGCCAGCUGGAAGUCAUGCUGCACCGCGCACUGGCCACGGUGGAUAUGAAGGGAGUGGGGGAGGUUCUCAACGAGGCCAUCACAGUCAAUGGCAACACGGAACGCCUCAUGGUGAUCGGCUCGCUCCGCUUCGGCCUGCACACAGGGGGCAGCACAGCGGAGGGGGGCAAGGGGGGCAUGCAGGAAACACCAGGGGGCAGCGACAGCAGGCAUUUGAGCGCAGGCACUGCUGCCCAUGCCAGUGCUGAGGCCGCCGCUGGUGCUGAGACCAACCCGAGUUUCGAUUCUGGCGCUGAUGCCACUGGUGGGGCUGGUACGGGUGGCGGCAGCAUGCCAGCUGUGCAGCAGGCUUCUCAGAUGUGGCCUGAGAGGUCCCCUCAUGGCAGGCGUGGGGCUGAAAGGGCGGGAGAAGAGGAUAACGGAGAGGCGAUUCAGGAUUCGUCUGAGAUGAGGCGGACUCGGGGCAGGCGAGGGGGGGAGAGGGAGGUUGUUGAAGAACAGCAGGGGGGGCAGGGAGCAGAGUGGCGGAGGGAGCACGCCCAGCGACUCAUUGCACCUCUGCAGCUGGCGUUUGCUGUUGAGUCAAAGGAGGCCAUAAAGGCAGCAGAGGGAACGUACAGGUGGCGCUACUCCCUCUCCCAGCGCCCCAGCAGCCGCACCACCAGUGUGCACCAACCCGCUUACUCCCUGCCACCAAACGUCGCUGUUAUCUCCUUCCAGGAGCUGUCUCCCAGGGAGAUUGUGCUGCGACUGGCUCAUCUGUACGAGGCCUAUGAGCAUCCAACGCUGUCCAAAAUCGGACGCGUUGACCUUCGUCAACUUCUUUCAUCGCAGAAGAUUAAAGGAGUCGUCGAGUUGAGCCUAAUGGCCAACCAAAAGCGGUCGGAAAUGCGCCGCCCAAUGAAAUGGCACGUGGACGGUGAAGACCCAUCAGAAGCUGACAAUUCCAAAGAGAACUCACUCUUAGGAGGCCCAGUGGACCCAACGUCCCUCGUGGUGGAAUUAGCGCCGGGGGAAAUCCGCACUUUCUCAGUGAAGCUCUCACCUCCAUAAGUUAUAUGCGGAUGGUAGGUUUGUUGAUUGUAUGAAUAGAAUGUGAUGUUUGAUGGCUACACUAAUUUUUCUUCGUUUGCAGGAAAUUUGUUAUGCGGAGAAAUGUCCUCCUGCACUAUCCAC